CCCAGGCAGCACGUGAAGUUUGAGGUAGCCCAGAGGGUAGAGCUCCUGACUGCCAGGUGGGCGCUUCCUGUGCCUGCCGCGGGCGGAGAAGCUGACGACUUACGGUGGUGAAGUGCCAGCCUCAUGGCGGAGAUAAUCCAGGAGCGCAUCGAAGACCGGAUCCCCGAAUUGGAGCAGCUGGAGCGCGUCGGACUGUUCAGUCACGCGGAGAUCAAGGCUAUCAUUAAGAAGGCUUCUGAUCUAGAAUACAAGAUACAGAGAAGAGCCCUUUUCAAGGAAGAUUUCAUUAAUUAUGUUCAAUAUGAAAUUAACCUUUUGGAGCUGAUCCAGAGAAGACGAGCACGCAUUAAAUAUUCAUUUAAGAAAGACGAGAUUGAGCAUUCUAUUGUACACCGGGUACAAGGUAUUUUUGGACGUGCUUCAGCAAAGUGGAAAGAUGAUGUUCAACUUUGGCUAUCUUAUGUAGUGUUUUGUAAGAAAUGGGCUACUAAAGCUCAACUUAGCAAAGUAUUCUCUGCUAUGCUGGCCAUUCAUUCAAACAAGCCAGCUUUGUGGAUAAUGGCAGCCAAAUGGGAAAUGGAGGAUCGCCUGUCCUCAGAGAGUGCAAGGCAGCUCUUCCUUCGGGCUUUACGCUUUCACCCUGAGUGCCCAAAACUCUAUCAAGAAUACUUUCGCAUGGAGCUGAUGAAUGCUGAGAAACUGAGAAAGGAAAAGCAAGAAUUUGAAAAAGCUGACAUGGAUAUGGGGAAUUUUGAUCAUUCUGAAGAAAUCCUUAAUGGCGAGUUUGCAAGGAUCAUCUAUAAAAAUUCUAUAAGCAAAAUUAAAGGUGCAGAAUUUCAUGUGUCACUUCUUUCAAUUGCACAGCUGUUUGACUUUGCCAAAGAUCUACAGAAAGAAAUUUAUGAUGACCUUCAGGCCCUGCACACUGAUGACCCUCUCACUUGGGAUUACGUGGCACGGCGAGAACUGGAGAUCAAGUCCCAAGCAGAAGAGAAGCCUCUGAGCAAACAAGCCAGAGCCGUGGAGCUGGGCCGGCGGGAGGAAAGGUGCUGUGCCGUGUAUGAAGAGGCUGUGAAGACUCUGCCCACAGAGGCCAUGUGGAAGUGUUACAUCAACUUUUGCUUAGAGAGAUUUUCUAAGAAGACUAGCAAUGUGCUUCUGAGAGGGCAGAGGCUGGAAAGAACCAUGCUUGCAUUCAGGAAGGCCCAGGAUCUCAAGUUCCUAUCAGAAGUCCAGUAUAAGCAGUGGGUGGAGUUACUGCUGCACCAGGACUUCUUGAGGGAAGCUUUGGAGGUGGCAGAAGUCGGGACUGAGCUGUUCAGAGGCUCUGUGACGAUAUGGCAGAUGAAGCUGCAGGUGCUGAUCCGCUCAGAGAGCCCUGAUGUGGCCAUGCUUUUUGAAGAAGCUUUUGCACACCUCAAACCCCAGGUUUCUCUGCCUUUGUGGGUUUCCUGGGCAGAGUGGAGUGAAGGUGCUAGAAGCCAGGAGGACACUGAGGAAGUCUUUAAGAAAGCCAUUUUAGCUGUCACAGGUGCCGAUUCAAGAACUUUGAAGGAAAAAUACCUGGAUUGGGCUUAUCGAAGUGGUGGCUACAAGAAGGCCAGAGCUGUGUUUAAAAGUUUACAGGAAAGGCGUCCAUUUUCAGUUGAUUUUUUUAGGAAAAUGAUGCAGUUUGAAAAGGAACAAGAAUCCUGCAAGAUGGUGAACUUAAGAGAAUAUUAUGAGAGGGCUUUGAGAGAGUUUGGAUCUACAGAUUCUGAUCUUUGGAUGGAUUACAUCAAAGAAGAGCUGAACCAUCCCCUUGGUAGACCUGAGAACUGCGGACAGAUCUAUUGGCGAGCCAUGAAAAUGUUGCAGGGGCAGUCAGCAGAGCUGUUUGUAGCUAAACAUGCUAUGCAUCAGGCUGGCCACUAGUGAAGAGUAUGACCAACUCUGUGACAUUGUCUCACAUGCCUUUUUGGGCAGAUUUGUAUUAAAAGUCAUUGUGUAAACUG